AUGGCACACCUCCACCUGUCCGAACAGAUGGCAGAGUACGAAGUGCGGAAGUACGAGGACCUUCAGUUUCUCCACCCGUUGCUGAUUGGACUAUACGGGUCGACCCAGGCCGUUGGCUUCGGCACUAGAGUCUUGGUGAAGAAUCCCAAGUUCCUAAGAAAACUAGAAGAACUGCUAGAACAUAACAGGAUUCAGCUGCACCAGUACAUGGUGGUGCUCUCCCUGCUUCACCUGUCACCCUUCCUGCGGGUGGUCGAGCCGGUCGGCCUGUUUCUCAGCUCUCUUAACGGCCUGCCGAUCUCGCCUGAUUUGCCCAACCGGGAGACCCUUUGCCUGCACUUGGCUGAACGAACGCUUCCCAACUUGCUUCAGAUGGCCUACGAGAGGAUCUUCAAUAGCAGCCUCCUUUUCGACGAACUCAUGGGAGACGUCAUGGUGGAGGAGGUGAGGAACGCUCUUUUGGAGCACAUCCAGUCACUGAACUUGAUGGAUGCCUGGACCAAGGUAGUCGCCAAGAUCAAGACGAAGAACGCCAAGGUGUACUCAUUCUACCCCGUCGCCCUCGCACAACCGGCCACCCUGGCCGACUACGUUGCUAAGGUGGACGUGCCCGUAGGAUUCUUCAACAUUUCGGUGCCUACCAACCCUAGAGAAAGGAUGUUUCACGUCCCUCGUGCAGCUCCGCGCUUAGUAGGCUGCUUCCUGCGGGUACUUCUUGAGAACAUCAACUUUUACGAGCCGGAAGGUCCGUGGUGGACCGAGAAGACGAGGGCCCUGGUUGAGGAACGUACGAGCUGCCUCCAGCGGAGCCACGAAGCCCUUGCGGACGCGAAGCAUCCCCAGAGGAAGGCCUACGACCCCCCGUACUUGGGCGGGCUCAACCACCUGGAGGACACGCUGAGCGUGCGAGUCGCGCUCAAGGUCUACGACGACCUGCUGUACACGAACCGCUACCUCGACCGCGACUACCGGCUGGUGGGCGCCGAACACAUCUCCUCCAAGCAGCUUUUCUUCAUCUACUUCGCGCGGAGCAUGUGCGAGGUUCCAGACACCCUCGACAGGUUCAUGAACUCCCACCUUUCAUCGAAGAACAAUGGAAUAUACCGGGUGAACGUGGCCCUGAUGAACAAUCGCGAAUUCGCCGACGCUUUCGGGUGCGCAGCCGGCACCCGGAUGGCACCUGCUGAACCCUGCUCCGUCUGGAAAUGCAACAGCGGAUUGUGCGCGGGAAACCGACUGGCGUAA